AUGAAAUUAUAAUACAGAAAAAAUAAUGACACUGUGUUUGGGGCCCUGUAAAGAUUAUUUUCAUGGGGCCCAAAAUCCCUAGCGGCACCCCUGACUGCUGCCAAUCAAAUGGUGAAUAAGAUACUCUGUAGGGUUCAUAUGUUUGUAAAUCUGACUGUGAUGAAGUCAGUGCCUCACCAGCCAUCAACCUCACCGCACGUCACUGCACUAACCCAUACCGAACUAUGCGUUGUUAUUAUAGGCAUGGCUCCCAUUUUGUCCUGUGGCUUACAAAAGUAACACGUGUCACUCCCAAACAGGAUUAGUUGAGCAUUUCUUAAUCCACAGCGGCAAUAAAGUAAGCCUCUUGCCCCCGUGUGCAUAUUCUUCAUCGUGGAAUAUUGGACAGCGAUCGCUGGUCAGCACUGUGCAGAUGUGAGUGGAGUCGUGUGCGUGCAUCAGCAUCAGUGUGAGCAGUCCAGGCUGACUUGGCUACAGAUCAAAGAUCCUCACUAAAAUAAAGAGAGGGAUCAGUCACCAUGGCAACAGUGUCCCUGCAAAAAGAAGAGGGUUCAAUCGACUCGCAUGAAGCGCGAGACUGCCAGAUGCAAGGCGACGCAAGCCUCAGUUCCUCUGUGCCGGACCCAAAAGGUCCCAGAGUGGACCCAGAAGAGGACAAUGAGGUUUUCCGAGACCAAGCGGAAGAAAUACUGACAGAAUUAGUUCAAGAUUCUCAUGAGGCUCUCCGGUCACCUCUUUCUCCGUCCCUUGGUGCCUCAUCUCGCGAGACAUGCCUGGAGAAAGAGGUGUCGGAAUGCAGUGGGGUCGAGUUGAACUCAAAUGAAGACUUAGAAUCUCUGAGCAGUUUUAACAUUGGUCCACCAAGAAAUAUCCCAACAGGUGAUGUCCAACAAGAAACACCUAAUUCUACUGAUGAAGGAGAAGAGGAGACAACGAAGGACAUUUAUUUUUGUCCUAGAAUCGUGAUCAGUUGUGAAUACUCUGCAGAUGUAGUUCCCUCAGACAACCAGCAAAGGGAGCUCCUGCCCCAAGGCCUACAAGGACCUACCCCUAAGGGAGCAAACCAGGAAGCUGCUCAACAGGUGCUGGGCCAGACCGCUGCACCUUUGUCUGCCGUUUCCAUGGAGCUGUCCAAUCAGGACGGGGCAGCGUCUAAAGGCUGUGCUGUCACCGUGAGAGAAAAGAAGGCAGGCCGGGUGGGGCAAAGGACAGAGGGAGAAAGCGAAACAGGAGAACAGAAAGACGGCAGACUGGAAAGGAACACGGUGGUUGCACAAGGGGAAGGAAUCGUUCAAGAAAAUCUUGAAGAACAAAUCAGGAUGGAAAGCGACUCAAGCGAUGACAGCCAGAGUGACAGCGGACUAUCCGCAGACUUCUCACCACGUAGCACUUCGAACGUCUCUGCAACGACUCUACCCAAAGAGACCCCGAUUGACAAGGAGAUCAGACGGGCCAUCGAACGUGAACAUAGUCUGAGAAGGUCCAGGGGAAUGCAAAAUACAUCUGCAGAGUACGUCGAUAUCCCUUUGAGGAAAACCCUUCUCGAUCAGGUCGUUUCUGCCAGCUCGGACAAGUACCAAGGCUUAGACAGGGAGCUGGCCAGCAAGAAGGUGCAGCAGGAGAUCAGCGAGGAGCUUCGCAGAGAACAAGAUCUGGUCAAGCUGGGUAAGGUUCCCGGUGCCUACCACAAAGGCACAGUUCGGCAACUUAAAGAGAAAAAGAAGCUUUUCGAGGCUUUUCAGAACCACAGAGAUCCCCUUGAGAGUGUUCCCAGCAGGAGCAAGACUUCAUCCUGGUCCUCCAGCAGCGACAGCUCCUCAGGGGAGAGCCACGAUGACAGCUCGUCACAGGCAUCCACUGUAAGGAGCAUAGAAGCUGCUUACACUUCUCCUAAAGCAAGAGGACCGGGCUUAUCUGAGGGCACGUCCUGCCAGAUCAUCAUUGUGGAGAACAACAUGACUGUCCCGGGACGGAAGAUCCACCACGGCAACAUGGAGGUAGACGGCCUCAUCCGCGUUAAUCCGAAAGCUUCUCAUGUCUUCCCGUCCGGUUCAAAGGACGAAGAGAUGGCGGCCAAUAAGAACCCCUUCUUCACGCUGCGCUCCCCUUCAAACGUUGUUAAAGUGGAGCAGGAUAUCCGGGAGGAUCAAGAGAGGGAGAAGGAGCUCCGCAAACAGAGGGUCCACUUGUAUGGGGACGAGGGGGGAACAAUGGGAGGAGCGGGAGGUGGUCUGAGAAGAAGCCUCCAGGCAUCUGGUCCGGCUUUUCCUGGCUCAGCAUCCAAGGGAGGAAGCGGCUACACAGCAGGCCGCCCCUCAGUUGGAAAGCUCGGCGUGUGGCCCCCAGGUGAGGACCACGGAGAGACAAUAAACCAGCCAAAGGUGCUGCAGACUUCCCACAGCUCCAGACACAAGACUCCUCUCGUGCGCCUGUGGGAGUCGGGCCUGGUCAACGGACACAAGCUGGAAGGUCAAUAACGAGACCAGACACUGAGAGUAUAAAAAAAAAUAAUAAUAACUUUUCCGAGGCCGAGGGCUGAGGGAGUGUGUUUGAAGGAAGAAGAGUCCUCCAGGAAGGUGGACUACUUUGGGUUCUGGUUGGAGAACACUACAACCUCAGAGCCUCGUGACGACUAACAAAGUAACUGUUUUCAUGUAAUGAUCAUUAACCCUAUUUUGUAUUCCAUUUUUAGUGUUUAUUCCACAUUAUUUUUGAUUUGGCUGAUCACAACAAAAAAGAUACUGCUUAGUUUUGACUGACUUGUAUGAAUGUAACAUAUGCACGCCAUCAUACUGACAGCUGUUAGUAAACCAAACCCCGUUUCCAUAUGAGUUGGGAAAUUGUGUUAGAUGUAAAUAUAAACGGAAUACAAUGAUUUGCAAAUCAUUGUAUUCCAUACUUGCCAACCCUCCCGAAUUUUCCGGGAGACUCCCGAAAUUCAGCACCUCUCCCGAAAACCUCCCGGGACAAAUAUUCUCCCGAAAAUCUCCCGAUUUUCAGCCGCAACUGGAGGCCACGCCCCCUCCAGCUCCAUGCAACCUAAGUGAGGACAGCCUUUUUUCAUGACGGGAGGACAAUAGGGUGACAAGAACUAAAUCAUCCAGACUACAGAUAAAUGGUAUUAUUAUGUUUAUCUUACCUAAAAAUAAAUAUAUAUAUUAAUUUAAAAAUUUUUUUUAAUGUUUUACUAUAUUUUGCUAAAAACAUCAAAAUUAAUUAUAUUUUUAUUUUUAUUUUUUCUGACUCCUUAUUACACCCAGCCAUAUAAUUAUACAUUAAAAUAAGCAUAUUUGAAAUAAUUAAUUUUAAAUGAUCAUAAUAAUUAAUUUAAAAUGACCAUAUUUAAUUAUUAAAAUAAUUGCUUGUUUAUCAACAACUUUAACAUUUUAUUCAUUACAUUUUGAAGCUCUAAGAAGCCAAGUUAUGUUAUAUUCCUUAAUAUUUAUUUAUGCAAGUUUGAAGUAUCAAUUAUCUAAACACAGUUUUGUUUGCAUAUUUUCAGGAUAUAUAUAUAUAUAUAUAUAUAUAUAUAGCUGUCAAUAUACUCACCCCCCCCCCCCCCCCCCCACACCUCCCGAAAUUGGAGGUCUCAAGGUUGGCAAGUAUGUUGUAUUCCGUUUAUAUUUACAUCUAACACAAUUUCCCAACUCAUACGGAAACAGGGUUUGUAAUUGGACAUAGGGCUGUCCUACUUUGCUCCUAUUAACAGCAUCAUUAUUUGUGUAUGCGCUCGCUAAAUUGGCGUUUACCUAAUGAGCUUCUGAAUCGGCCCUCGGGUCCCCAGAAUGACCAAACCAUACAUAAUCCCGUAGGCUACUUAGAUUAUGGUGCAAUAAAGUUGAUCUGGAUUCUGCAGGUGAACGACGGCGGUCCAGAGUGCACGUGCUCGAAUAAAAGCGCCUCUUGUGGUCUUGAGUCAUGCAGUAAAAUGUUGAACUUUGGAAUGAAACUGGAGGUUUUGUGUUGUUCACAAUCGUCAUGAUUAAGAGGGGUGUGGACAUGCCUGGGAAACAUCAGCUCCAAACCAUCUUGGUUUUAGAUGUCCUCCUUUAAAUCUUGAAUACCUACUGUUAAUAUCAAUAAAAACAUAUUCAUAACAUCAGUAUUAUUUUAAAUCCCAACUAACAUGUUUUUUCUUCCACAUGACAGGAGCACCCUGCUGUUUUUAGUCAUCCAAGACAAAAAACACUCUUCAAAGAUCUGUUUACCAGAAGUACUCUGAUAUUUUUAAUAAUAUACCACAAAACACACUAGUUAAGUUAAAGUACCACUGAUAGUCACACACACACACUAGGUGUGGUGAAAUUACUUUCUGCAUUCGACCCAUCAUCUUGUUCCACCCCCUGGGAGGUGAGGGGAGCAGUGAGCAGCAGCGGUGGCCGCGCUCGGGAAUCAUUUUGGUGAUUUAACCCCCAAUUAAAGAUCCUAUGUGUGAUCAAAACCUUGCUGUUUUUGGUCAUCUUCGAUGAACAUAUUCCUCUGUAUGACGGGAAUCCUGUGCUAUUUUUAGUAAUCUACGAUAAAAACACUAUGCAAAGAUUUUUCUAUGACAGGAACCUGCUUGUGGGGGGAAGUGCGUCAGCGCGCCUGCAGGAGCAAAGGUCACCGCCUCUGGCAAUGGUGUCAAGGGCGGAGCACCAUCAGCUAGGGGCGGGGCAUGUGCGGGACGGCGAGACACAGCUGGCAGGUGAUUAGAUUUCACAGCUGGAACGUGUUAAGCUAAUCAUCUGUUGUCUUUAAAAGUGAACGGCCAGCUCUUUAGUUGUACUAGUGGUGAGGUGGAGAGAGACUGGAGAAAAAGUUACAUGGAAAGAUUGUGGUGGAAAUCUGCUUGGAAAAAUAAAACACUGUUAAAACGGCACGCCUCGCUCUUGUGAUGCGAUAUCCGUGGAACGGGUAGGGAGCGACUUCCACACUGCUGUUUUUAGUAA